AGCCUCUGGGGAGGAAACGGAGCUGCAAAGUCAGUACUGCUCUGCUGUACAGGGGUGCAGGGCAGACGCAGAGCCAAUCACCGGAACGCACUGGGCUCCCUUUAAGCCUGACAUAUCUCCUCGAGGAACAAAUUGUCCCGACAAUCAACAUCCCAAAUCUGCCGGAGAGUGAAGGGAGUGCGGCGAGGAGCGGAGAUCGAGGAGAGUGGGCAGGCCCGACGCGGAAGGAUUUGCAUCGCGAGGAGUAAAAAAGAAGGCAUAAACGUCAAUUUUGUUUUUUUCCUACACCACGGACAUCAUGUCGAUAUUACCGUCUUUCGGCUUCACCCAGGAGCAAGUGGCGUGCGUGUGCGAGGUGCUGCAGCAGGGAGGAAACCUAGAGAGGCUUGGCCGCUUCUUAUGGUCUCUCCCCGCAUGCGACCACCUCCACAAGAACGAGAGCGUCCUGAAGGCGAAAGCGGUGGUGGCUUUCCACCGGGGCAACUUCCGGGAACUCUACAAGAUCCUGGAAAGCCACCAAUUCUCCGCGCACAACCACCCCAAGCUGCAGCAGCUAUGGCUCAAGGCGCACUACGUGGAGGCGGAGAAGCUGCGCGGUCGGCCGCUCGGCGCCGUCGGGAAGUACCGGGUGAGGAGGAAAUUCCCACUGCCGCGCACGAUAUGGGACGGCGAGGAAACCAGCUACUGCUUUAAAGAGAAGUCCAGGGGGGUCCUGCGGGAGUGGUACACGCACAAUCCGUAUCCGUCCCCGCGGGAGAAGAGGGAGCUGGCCGAGGCCACGGGACUGACCACCACGCAGGUCAGCAAUUGGUUCAAAAACAGACGGCAGAGGGACAGAGCCGCGGAAGCCAAGGAAAGGGAGAACAGCGAAAACAGCAACGCAGGCGGCAACAAACAAAACCAGCUGUCCCCGCUGGACGGAGGAAAGUCGCUCAUGUCCAGCUCGGAGGACGAAUUUUCUCCCCCUCAGAGCCCCGACCAGAACUCUGCGCUUUUGCUCCAGGGCAACAUGGUCCACCCCGGGGCCUCCGCGUACUCCAUGCCCGGGCUAGGCGCCCCACAGUCGGUGCACGGCAUGCACGGACACCCGCACCAGCUGCAGGACUCCUUGCUGGGACCCCUAACCUCCAGCCUUGUGGAUUUGGGCUCUUAAAGACGCUAUUUUAUUUGACGAAGAAAAAAAAUACAGAAAAGGACUGAUGAGCUGUGUAUCAGAUUGAUGUAUGAAAUAACAUUAUAGUAGCCUACCUUAUUGUAUAGACUGACUUCUCUGUCGUUAAAUUUGAUUCGAAUUUAAAAUAACUUUAUGCGCUUAAUCUGUAUAUCACCCCGACAGGAGGUUUUUAUUACUCUUGCACAUGAAAACCCAAAGAAGACCUAAAACCCUGAACAAAACACUUACGUGGACUACGCAUUUUCUUAAUUUAUAUUUUGUUAAAAUAAUUCGAGUCAAGUCCUUUCAAAUAAAAGUAAAAGUAAUGGA